AUGGAUGCUAAACUGGAGAAUUCGCUGCUCACAGGGCCUUCAAAGGAAUCUCAAGUAUCCCCUCGUGGUCAGCGCAACAAUGCCUGGCACGACGUACUGGAGAUUUGCAAAAAAGGCUUUGCCAACAAGAUGAGCAGCAUGAGUGAUGAAAUCUUGGCAGAGGUUCGCCUCGAGGUAGAUCAAAGCGCCACUGCUUUGCGAAAAGAUGUGGCGGAGAUGCUAGAACACAGAGAGAAGUCCAGCAACGAGAAACUGGCAGAACUGGAUGGAAAGAUGGAAGCAGUAGUUGGCUGGGCACAAGCUGGAUAUGUUGAUUUCAGCAAGUUCGACUUCACCCCGCUUCUGGAUGAGAUUCGAUCCAACGAGACACUGCACGCGGAAAGCUCGCGGCAAAUGUCUCAACGCUUCGAGGAAAGCUUUUUGCUGCUCAGCAAUGCGUUGGACAAGUUGGCGAGCAAAGCAGAAGAAGAGGAGGCCAAAAUUCGAGGCCUCACUGAAAGGGUGCAAAAGUCAGAAGAGAAGCUGUCGGAAGUUUCUCACUCCGUUGAAGCAAGCCAGAAGCAGCUUUCAGAGCAGCUCAGGGAAUUGCAUGAUGGAAACUCGCAAAGUGCACUUCAGUUGGCCGCUCAUUUGAACUCCACGAUGCAACCAGUUGAGGGCAACACUGCAGCUAUUAGAGAUGAUUUGCGCCAGAUUUUUGAUCGGCUUGGAUCCAACAAUAAUUCGGUGCUCAAUGAGAUCGGGAAGAUUCAGCAAGCCAUGAAUCUAGACUUUGUCCGCACAGAUGAUGGUGAUGACUCCUGGCCAAUGGGGCAGUCGGCCGCUGUUGUCUCAACAGCCUUCGAUUUGAUGAGAGGACGGAACACAGAAAAGAAUGCACCCAAGCGAGUUCGCGUCAGAGAAUUCUUCUCGCAGACAGAUGCCAUUGAGCAACAGGAGAAGAUGGUUCAAACAGAUCCCAAAAUGCAGGGUUCGGAGAAGAAGAAAGAGAAGCCACAGCCGAGGGGAUCAAAGUUAAAGGUUCAGAAAACGGAGUUGAAGGCCAAGGAAGGGUCAGCAAAGCUUGCUUCAUCCCGUACCCGUGGAUUCAACGAUCCAGACCAACUAAAGCAGAAAGCCAGGCAGGCCUUGAUCAAGCCGCCGUACAAUGUUUUUGACUACUACCAUGAGGAAGGCGUUUUCCAGAGAGUUGCGAAGAGCACGGUUUUUGAUUACCUGAGCCUCACAGUGGUUUGCCUGAAUGCUAUGUGGAUCGCUGUGGAUGCAGAUCUCAAUGGUGCAGCGUUGAUCACCGACGCUCCCCCAGUCUUCAUCGUGGUGGAAAAUUUGUUCUGCACUUAUUUCGUUUCGGAAGUUUUCAUUCGCUUCAUGGCCUUUGAAGAGAAGAGUCGCUGCCUGCGGGACCGGUGGUUUGUCUUCGACUCCCUUUUAGUCUUCUUCAUGGUGUUGGAGACUUGGAUUGCCCCCAUCAUCGUUGUCAGCUUUAACAUUGAUCUGGACAAUGCUUUGGACCUGUCCACUUUGAGAAUGUUCCGCAUGGUGAAGUUACUCCGUUUGUCACGCAUGGCGAAGCUCUUGCAUGCGGUGCCUGAGCUGACCAUCAUCAUGAAGGGCAUCAAGUACGCCUCACGCUCUGUUCUGGUCUUCUUCCUCUUUUGGUCUAUGGUGGUCUACGUCUUUGCCCUGAUCCUGCGGCAAGUGACAGUAGGAUAUGGUGUUGGGACGCAAUAUUUCAGCAACGUUCCACAAGCUGUGAACAAUCUGCUACUGUACGGAAUCAUUCCGUCGCAGCGAGACCUUGUUGAUGCCACCAGCACUGUGGGUGCUUGGAUGUGGCCUGUGAUCGUCUUCUUCUUCUUUUUCGUAUCCAUCACCAUCAUGUACAUGCUUGUCGGGGUUUUAGUUGAUGUGAUGCGCGUGACCUCUCAAACAGAGAAAGAGGGCAUCACAAUUUCCUACUUGGCUCAUGAGUUUCGAGACAAGAUGGAGCAGUUAAGUUGUAAUCCCGAUGAGCCGAUUUCCCAGUUCGAGUUCCAGAAACUGCUUCUGGAACCCGACAUUGCCUUGAUUUUGGCUGGAGAAGGUGUUGAUGUCAUUGCUCUUGUGGACAGCUUGGAUAUGGUCUACGAAGAUGUCAGCAAAAAUGGCAAAGAUGGCUUGGACUUUGCAGCAGCCAUGGAUUUGAUUCUCAACAUGAGAGGGAACAACCCUGCUACUGUGAAGGAUGUCAAGGAGCAGCUUCGCAUCAUGAAGUCCCUGGUCAAGACCUCGCAGUUUGUGAUUGUGGACAAGAUGAACUCUGAAUUUGCUCACAUGCAUUCUCUGUUGAAAGAGUUGAGGGAGGAGGCUUUACAACGAGAAACCCAAGGCGAAUUUGAUGAAGAUUAG